AUGGCCACGACAAUCAGCAAGACAUCUUUCGCCAUCACGUUAUAUCGAAUUGCCACCAACGCAUGGAUGAAAUACUUCCUCAUCUUUAUUAUCGUCACUAUCAACGUCUCGAUGAACUUGGUCUGGAUUUUCGGUUUCGCCAAAUGCACGCCUCUCGAGAGGGUAUGGAAUCACAAGGUGCCUGGAACUUGCUGGGAUAAGUCAAAGCUUCUAACUUUUCAACUAUUCGCUGCUUAUUACUCCGCGAUCCUUGACUUUGUUCUUGCUUUACUUCCUUGGGUCAUCCUGAUGCGCAUGACCAUGCGUCGGCGAGAGCGACUCGGCGUUGCUGUCGCUAUGAGUUUGGGUGCUAUCGCCGGAAUUACUGGUAUAGUCAAGGCUGUGCUGGUCGUCAGUAUGAAGAGUGAGGACAUCACCUACGACCGUGUCGACCUCACGAUUUGGACCUUGACUGAGCCUGCCGCUUCCAUCAUGGCUAUCUGCAUUCCAGUUCUUCGUAUGCUGUAUCGAGAACUUAAGUCAAGUUCACGAAGCUACAACCGUAACAGGACCAAUACAACACCGCGCGACGUCGACACAAGGAACACAGCCGGGGCAUCAAAUGCUCGGCAGUCCAAGCGAUAUAACCCCAACUCACGAUAUGGUCGAAAUUCGGUCGUCAUCAUGUCAGGAUGGCAAGAAUCGCAAGAGCAUCUCCAGGACGAUUCCGACGGAAGCCAAAGCCAGACUAAGAUGUCCAUGAGCUCUGGAGGCGUGAUGAAGACUGAAGAAAUCUGUACUGGGCCUGGUCAAGAAGUCAGUAUCUCAGCUCUCUAG